AUGAAGAAAACGCCGAGGCAAGAUCGAGCGAAGGAGGUGAGGUGUCCGCGCGUCAUCACGGAGUAUUACGACGGCGGCGACGGCGCGAAGCGGGCGCGGCGGUACAUUCGAGGACGCGCGUUAGGGAAAGGAGGGUUCGCGGUGGUGUUUGCGGUGCAGGAAGCGGCGACGGGGAGGUCGUUCGCGUGUAAGGUGGUGGCGAAGUCGACGCUGGAGAAACCGCGGGCGAGGAAGAAGAUGGUGACGGAGAUUCGGAUUCACAAGAGCGUCUCGUGCGAUCAAGUGGUGCGGUUUGAGCGUUGUUUCGAGGACGAUAAUCACGUGUACAUCUUGAUGGAGAUGUGUUCGAACAGGACGUUGGCGGAUAUCGUAAAGUCUCGCGGUGCCAUGAGAGAGAUGGCGGCGGCGUGUUACAUGCGAGAGGCGGUGUCGGCGACGGCGCACCUGCACGCGAUGCGAGUGAUUCACAGAGACUUGAAGCUCGGAAAUCUGUUUUUGACCAAAGAAGGGUUGGAGGAGAUCAAAGCGGAGGGCGGCGGACCUGGAACGGACGCCGAGUUGAAUAAGCUCGGCGCGGCGAAGCGAGUGAAGAUUGGAGAUUUCGGUUUGGCGUGCGCGAUGGAUCACGACGACGAGCGGCGAAGGACGAUUUGCGGGACACCGAAUUACAUCGCACCAGAAGUUCUCAAGGGUAAAGAAGGUCCCGGUCACUCCUACGAAGUCGAUACGUGGUCGUUGGGGGUAAUUCUGUACACGUUGCUCUUCGGCUCGCCGCCGUUUCAAACCAAGGAUGUCAAGUUGACGUACAAACGCAUUCGAGCCAACGAGUACGACAUACCAGAUGACCCUCCGAUCGCGGACUCUACCAAGGAUUUGAUUCGCGCCGCUCUGAGCGCCGAGCCCGAGAAGCGACCGACAUUGCAACAGAUAGCGGCGCACCCGUUCAUGAAGCUCGGUGCGGAGGACUGGAAAUUAGCUGACGAAAAGCCGGCACCGUACGUCGAACGACGAUCAAAGACGACGACGGUAUCGUCACCGAAAAAGCCGGUGACGAAAUCGCGCAGACUCGACGCUCGAGACGGUGACACAAUCUGUGCCGAAGCGCCAUCGAAGGCGACGAAUCCGUCCGCGGCGACGCAGCAAUUGCGUUCGCCGCUGCAAAGUUUAGAUCAGAAUAGGCUCACGGCGGGCGCGCACGCGAGGGCGAUGGAGAGAGACGUCGUAGCGGUGGAAAGCGCCUCCAAUGGACUGCUCGCGACGAAUCGGUGUCGCGAACCGGAGUACGCGAGCGCUUCGACCGACGGUGAUAUCGAGACCGGCCACCCCACGUCGCUUCUGGGCGACAAGCUCGACAGUUUGCAAUUGCGCACGGAUUCUGAAGACGAAUCUCGCGCGAUGGCGAGCUACUUCCCGCAUCUAUGGGUCGAUUCGUGGGUCGAUUUCACAUCGAAGUACGGCAUGGGGUAUAAACUGAGCGAUGGCACGAUUGGCGUGGCGUUCAACGACGAUACAAGAAUGAUGUUUAUGGAGGGGACCGCCGACUCGCCCAUCGUGUACAUGGCGUCGCCGCACUCGCAAAACCCCGAUCCCCCGAUCGAAGACACCGUGAUCGAUCCUGAGAAGGCGCGAGCACUAGGGAGCGAUUUCGGUCGCAUGCUUGUCUAUCCCGCAGAGGCGCGAAAGUAUGGUCGUGACGUGGCGAAGAAGGUUUUGCUCGCCGGGCAUUUCCGCGAGUAUCUCUCCGACACCAAACAUCGCGGCUCGGUGUACCAGUCCAUCGGCGGUCUUUCGCACGACGGCGAGUCGCGCGCGCGGGAUCCACAAACGAUGCCACCAUACGUAAAGAGCUGGCUCCGCACCUCCAAGGGCGUCAUGUGGCGUUUAUCCAACAAAACGAUUCAAGUCAACUUUUACGACGAGCGCGAAAUUCUCCUGUCGCCGACGUUUCAAUUGGUCGUCCACACCGACCCUGUGAACGAUCGCCGCACCGUGCACAGCCUCGACUCCGUGCCAGAAUCUGAAGAGCUUCUCGUGCGCAGUUUGCAGCACAUCAAGGACGCGUUACCGAGACUCGUGCCGAGCGCGCGAGCCGCCGCCGCGCCGCCGCGCGUAGCCGACGAGCCCGUCGCGUAG